GUGUAUCUGUCAGUGUGUAUCUGUGUGUGUAUCUCUGUAUGUGUGUGUCUCUGUGUGUUUCUCAGUAACAACACGAGCUGUCUUCCUGACCCUUGUCGUCCUGCAGGCUCUCCGUAGAAACCCCCCCCCCCCACCUUGCCUCCCCGUCAGCUGACUCCUUCGUCUGCACACCUGAGGAGACUCAGACCUCAGCACCUGAAGGCAGCGCAUCCAAAUGAGCCGGCCGGCACAGCCGAAAACAACCACACCCGACCACAUCGGCGUGAGCGUCAUCCAGAGCCAGACCCACGCCCCUGGCGGCCUGCAGCGAGUCCCUCAGCUCCUCCCAGCUAACGCUAACGCUAACGCUUCAGCCGGAGCCCUAGCCGGAGGCGGGAAGGCCGCGAAGAUGAAGAAACCGUCGGCAGACAAGGAGAGCGACGAGUACCGCCAGCGCCGCGAGCGCAACAACCUGGCGGUGAAGAAGAGCCGCAUGCGCAGCAAGCAGAAGGCCAUGGACACGCAGCAGCGCGUCAACGAGCUCAAGGAGGAGAACGAGCGGCUGGAGGCCAAAAUCAAACUGCUGAGCAAAGAGCUGAGCGUGCUCAAAGACCUCUUCCUCGAGCACGCGCACAACCUGGCCGACAACGUGCACGCGCCCGCUGCUGCCGGUGGCGGCGAGGGAGCUAGCCCCGCCCCCAACAACAACAACAACAGCAACAACAGCUCGGCCAAUGGGCAGUGAGAGAGGGGGGCGGAGCCACACCACACGGACGUUUUGAUUAGCCUGCAGCUUCUGUGGGAACUUCACACGUUGGAAUUUAACGUCACGACUUGUUUUGGGUUUUUUGUUUUUUUUACUUCAGAAGUUAACAUUAUUACACACACACAUAUACACACACACAUAUACACAAACAGAAACAGACAAAUAUACACACACAGAGACACACACA